AGGGCGCUGUGCGUACGCCUUAUAUGGGCACACCACCGACUCUGCGCCGCUAUUGGCUGCGGGCCUUAUGCAGCUGCUUGUCAACAAGAUGGCCUUCCUCCUCUUGCCGUUUUGACACUGAUUAUUUUGGUAUCCCCGAGAACAUACCGUAAAAGCUUGUGUCACUUCUAAAUAGAUAACGGUGGAGCGGCUGUUGAUAGUCCUAACAAGGCGUACGGUCAGCUAGACUGUGUCCGGAGAGCUGACAGGCACGCCAGCCUCGUUGGCCACUGGACGAGGCUGAUAAUAGAAAGUAGCUGCUGGCUAAUGACGACGUUAGCCUGCGAGUGAGUGAGCUAGCUUAGCUACGUGGACACGGGUAGUUAACUCGUGUCACCUGCGUUUAACCAGACAGACUCUUCUGUUUGGAGUGAAAUUCAGCGAGGAGACACUUGUCAUCGACAUCCUGCUGGGCAAGAAGGUUGUCUGCUUGAAUUAACACCGGUAAGGUUGUAUGUCCAGUGUUGCUGGUGAGUUUGGUGAUAAGCACACGUCAGGUUGGCUCUGGGACACGGAGCCGACAAUGAGAGCUCUGGAUGUUUGCUGGCCAGCGUAGAUGCUGAUAUGCCACGGUGGUCCACAUCCUGAUGGACCGAGACACCUUCUCCCACAUCCGGCUGUGGUGCCCACGCCCCUUUGGAACCUACUCCCAGAACAAAGCUAGGAAUCCAGGCUCAGGGGGCAGUGGUGGAGGUAACGGCAGUGGUGGGGCAGGGUCCCCCUCCCUCUGCAAGUCUGAGCCCUCAUCAGGUGCCAGAAAUGAAGAUGUAGGGAUGAUAGUGGGGGUGCGUGAGGAGAAUGGAGAAGAGGAGGAUGUGGGGUCGGAGAACACGCCACCUGAACCUGAGCUUGACUCCAGCUGCCUGACACAGAACCAGGCCCCUCAACCCCCUUUAGCCUCUCCUACACCACCCUCCUCUGGGUCACAGAUGGAAGAUGGCCGGGUGCUGUUGGACACCUGGUAUGUUAUUAAGCCAGGUAACACCAAGGAGAAGAUUGCCUUCUUUGUUGCGCACCAGUUCAGUGGAGCUGGACAGCCCAGACCCAGCGCUAUGAAGGUUAAAGGUAACUGGGCAACUGACUGCAGUAAAGCCAAAAGACGGAGGCGAUGUUCAUCCUAUGACCCUCCAACACGCUCCCAAACCUCAGAGUCACAUCUCAACAAUGACCCCUCCCUUGCACCUCUCAGUCCUGAUGAACCCCAGCUGGGAGGGGUGAAUGAGACGGAUCUGCUUUCUGUUGCAGAGAUGGUUGCCUUGGUUGAGCAGAGGACUGCCCUGGCCCUGCAGGGGAUUGUGGGCGUUCAUAGUAACCAACAUCACCACCAGCCCUCUAUUAGCACUCAGAGUCCGGGCCUUACCCCCCACCAGCACACUCUUCUACGGAGCACAGUGUCAGACCCCUCUCCUAUUGUUUUUGUGUCAGACAGUUCCAGUGGUAAGCCCUCCAAAGAGGUCCAGGAGUCAUCAUCAUCUCCUAUACAGACAGACCAGGAGCUUGAGGAUCAGCAGCAGCACGAGUCAUUCAGAGUUGCCCAAGCCAUUGCGCACUUUGAGUCCCAGAACCCGGAGAAUCAGCUCCAUCUGGGCCCGGGUUCUGGAAUAGAGUCUUGUAAUCGAGACAGGGGAAGAGAGAGUAGGAGAGGAGGUGAGCCUGGCACUGUAACACCUCCUCCACCCCCCAGCCACAGUCACGGUGAGGUUAGGAUAGCUUUCAGAGUGUCAAAUCUGGACCCUCGGUCUCAACUGGAGCCAGCUGGCAGGUCCCGCUGUAUGUUUAUGAGCUGUGGUGGUGGGAGCAAUCAGGCAGCGGCCAGGGCCAAAGAGAAAAUUACCUGUGACCUGUACCAGCUCGUCAGUCCUUCAUCAAGAGACCCUAGUAGUCUGCUGCUCGCUGCCACAACUGCUACUCCAAAACCAGAUGGAGACCUCCAUCACCCAGACAGGCCGGCCUGUGGCAGCCCAGACCCAACCCAGGAGCUCUCUUCUGGGGAGAAGAAGGCUGUGGGUGUAGGAAGGGAGCGAGUGACUGGUUUCCAUGUGGAGGUGGUGGUGACAGGUGCUGUGGACCAGUGUGUGUUUUAUGGCAAGGACAGUACAGAGAAUGUGCAGGAGGAGACUGUGUGUUUUGCUAUGCCUAGUGGGGGAGGGGGUGGUGUCGGUGUAGGAAACUCUACUGACCCUUCAUGUGAUGAUCCACCUCCUGGACAACUCUUUUUCCUUCAGCCCCCUCGGGGUGAGGAGGAGGAUGUAAAAGGAACAGGCACUGGCAAUGGGUCAGGAAUGUGCUCUUUGGACUGUGCCAACAACAACAGUCCCGGAGCAGGAGUGGCAGUGGGCUCAGGGGAGCGGGCGACCCGACCAGACUCUCCUAGCAUUGGGGAAGACUGUUCAGACCCUUCACUGUGUCGCCUUUACCGCCACGUUUCCCAUGACUUCCUGGAGAUCCGCUUUCAGAUUCAGCGACUCCUUGAACCCCGACAGUACAUGUUACUGCUCCCUGACCACAUCAUGGUUAACAUCUUCAGCUACCUGCCAACACGCUCCCUGGCAGCCCUCAAGUGCACCUGCCACUACUUCAAGGUGUUGAUUGAGACAUAUGGCGUGCGGGCUGUGGAUUCACGGUGGAAUCAAGACCCUCUCUAUAGAGAUGACCCCUGCAAGCAGUGUAAACGGCAAUAUGAGCGUGGGGAUGUGUCUUUGUGCCGUUGGCACCCCAAACCUUACCACCAUGACCUGCCUUAUGGACGUUCCUAUUGGAUGUGCUGCCGGCGUACAGAUAAGGACACGCCAGGCUGUCGUGUUGGACUCCAUGAUAACAACUGGGUCCAGCAGCCUGCUGAUGGUUCUCAACCCAUCCGCACCAAGCGGGAGGACAGAAGGGAGGAGGCUAGGUAGAGAGGAAAGGGCACACCUCACAUAUUCCAACUUUCAUCUCAUUCUGUGUACCUCCCUUCUUUCCCCCUCUCAUCACCUCUCAUCUGAUCAGGGGACAAGCGGGGAAAAAAGAGGAUCAGCACUCCAGGACUUUUUUGUUUUUCCUUUGCUGCAGCACUCCUUCCUAAUACCUGCCCUCAGUAUGGGGAGGUUGAGUGGUAAAGAAGGAAGAGAGGUGUGUCACUCUCCUUGCCUUUUUUUUUCUUUCUUUGUUUUCUUUUUUAUAAAGGCCUCCAGAAUUCCUCUCCCCACUGUGCUCCAGAGUGGUCACUGAAAAGUUUCUGUACCAGGGUUGGGGUCCCCUCCUGCUGCUGCUGUUCAACCCUUUUCCUGCCUCUUGGUCAUUUGGGUUUUUGUCUAACUCUGCACAACGUUGUUAGGUAAUACAUGUGAAAACUUUGCAGUGUAUUUGAUUGAGAUUAGCAUUCAUAAAGUGACGCAUAAAAAUGUAAUGCCCUAGAGCCUGCUUAUUAUUCCCAGUACUUGUUCUAUGUUCUGUGUCGUAUCACAAACUUCCAUGUUUGCUGUACAAUGGUGCUUCAAGGAAUGAGCUGUACCGAGUCCAACAGAUGUAAAACUUUUCAGUGGUGGAAUGUUCAGCGUUAUUAUAGAAAUGUGAUUGUAUAAAGCAAACUUGAUUUUUUUUUUUUUUCGUCCUCUCCGUUGUACAAGAUUGCCAUCUGUACCUGUCCUGCACCAUGCAUUUCUAUUUUUCUGAAUGUGCUGUAAUGUUGUACACAUUGAUCAGUCCCCUGAUAAUGCUGCUGAAAUCAUUGCCUGUGUCACUGAUGUUAAUUCUGAAAUAGCCAUACCAUUGGUUAAUGACAGGCGCAGUCUCUGCACACUAGCUGAGACUGAGAUUCGAGGGCCAUGUCAUUGUUUCAGAUUGGACCCUAACCUUGCUGACCAGCCAUAAGGAGGAGCCACUGAGAACUUUCUGGUUUACAGAGAAUCAUGGGAGAUGAAUUAAGUUCAGGGGGAUUGAAUGGGAUUCAAAAAGAGAAACUUGAUGUCACUUUGGAAAGGCCUGAUGUCACUUUGUAUGGUUUGGUUGAUGUGCUUGUUUGCCUUUUUUUUUUUUUUUUGUUUGGCUGUUUUAUUGGGGUGUGUGUGUCAGAGAUUGUAUGCUGUUGUUUUUUGCUUUUAUUCUUGAGGACUGAGUUCUCCCUGUACCAGUCUGUCACCCUACUCAACCUGCAAAGAUUUUUUUUUUUUAAGUAUUCCAUAUUUGUUUUAACCCCUAGCUCUCCUCAUUUCCUUCACCCCCCUUUUCCGUCCUCCAAUCUGGCAGAGGGCAGUGUUUGCCAAAGCUGUCAUUCAUGCUUCGAAGUGGAUGAAACCAACUACCACACACCGCAGAAACUCUCUACACCAGCUUCCAGCCUUAAAAGCCCCCCUACCUCUUACGCACCCUGCAGGAGACUGAGGCGUCAGAUACCUCACAGAUGAUAGAGUAUUGGGAGUUGCACAGGACCCUGUAAGUGGCUAGAUUUCAGAUGCUUGACAGACUCCAUUCAGCUCUUCUGGAUCCACCCAAAACUCUUCGUGUGGGAGUGUAAGAUGAACAGUGCCUGGUGACGGCUCUGACUCUCCAUUUUUAGGGAGGGAACAAAAAAACCCACCUCCUCUCCCUCCCCCUUCUACCUUGCUUUUACACUCCCAGACCCCCCUGCAAGCUGACAGACUGGACAUUAAAGAACUGAUGUGAUGAAUGAUGUUGAAACUCUGCAUGGAGAUGGGAAGGUGGUUGGGUAGUUACGGGAGACCUCUGUAGGUUCCAGAUGUGUACAAUGCUCAUGGGAAAUAUCUGCUUAAAUAAAUACAGAAGUGAUGAUUAAAACUGGAAA